CCACACCUGCCCACCAAAGCCAGACAUGAUCAAGGAGGAGCACGAGGUGACCACCCUGGGGGGGCCCCAGGGCUCAGGAGCCGUGAUGUCCACCGUGGUCACCAUGCAGCCAGAGACCGUCGUGCCUGACCACAUCGUCUGGUCCCUGUGCAGCUCCAUCUACUUCAAUGUCUGCUGCCUGGGCUUGGUGGCGUUCGCCUACUCGAUUAAGUCCAGGGACCGGAAGAGGGUGCUCGACAUGGUUGGGGCCGAAGAGUAUGCGUCCACCGCCAAGAAACUGAACAUUGCGGCCCUGCUCCUGGGCGUCAUUCUGGUCAUCAUUAUAAUCAGUCUUAAGGCGACUGGCUCGGUGUGACUAUUCAAUACCAUUGUUAUGACGUCGUGAGGACUCAGGAGGCUUCCAUGGUUGCCCAGAGUCCGAGUUCGCGCUCCUCUCCCCGCUGCUCCCGCGCACACUUGUCUACAACUGGAUUCAAUAAAG